GGCAGAUUGAUCGACGGGCGAUGAAAUCAUCGAACCAGUGUUUUUUCUCCCCUCGAACUAGAACUGGUCUGCAGAUUUUGAAGGUUGUGGUCUCACGUUGCGACGGCGUAACUCUAAAAAGGAGGGAAUUGUGGAGGAAUUGGAGGUUAGUGUGGUGUUUGAUUUGUAUUUCUGUUGCCUGGUCUGUGUUUUUUGUCUCUGUUUUUUAUUGCUUGCAUUCUUUUUCUCCUAGUUACUAUUACUACCCUAUAUCAUUACAAUACUCCGGUUGAGAUCGAUCGCUACAGGGAUGGGACAGUGACAACAACUCAUAAUGACAUGGUGAUAAUGCAAACUCUUCUCUUCUAAACAGUUACACUCCUUUUUGUCUGGUUUUCGCUUUCUUUUCACUCCUUUCUUUCCCUUUUACUAAGUGUUCUGUGUCCUUGUUGUAUUGCAUUUGCCACCCAUCUCUAAGGUGAACUGGUUGGUUACCAUGGAGCAACAAGACACCACCAACAUUUCCCUCAUCGACAACACUAUCCCCCCAGAACUCCAGCAACAGGAUCCUGAAAUUUUCCGUCGAACAUCCACAACUCUCUCUAGGAGUUCCUCUACCCGACGAUGGUCCAGGCCUUCGGUCAGGGGUGAACUCCAGAAACGGAAAUACGCAAAGUGGCAGCCGCAUAAGUUAGGGAUUACCGAUGAUGCUCCUGGGGGUAAUAUCAAUGGGAACGGAAAUGGAAGUGGGCAGGAUUCGCGACGCAUGUCUCUGGUAGAUGCGCGACGGUGGUCUACAACGGAUGGGUUGAGCACAGGAGAGAGCGGGCCGUCAUCGCCAUCGAGGAAUGCGAGUGUCGAUGCGACGGAUUUCGGGAGUGAUGGGAUUGAUAAUAUUAUCACCAAUGGGACGAACGCCAACGGCAGUACCAACGGCAGCGGCAAUGCCAAUGGACAACAACCCAAUGUCCCAGCCAGCACCAAACCCACCAGCGAACUAGACAUUCUCUACGAAAACCAACGCGGCUGGUUCCUCUUCGGCAUCCCCCUCUACUCACACAGCUCCCUCCUCAACUUUGACCCAAGCGCUUGGGUCACACGCGACCUAAAAGACAGCCCCGUCAACAUCACGAAUGCGCAACUCCCCGAUCCAAGCUGGGAAUGGGCCUGGCAGACCUGGUACGUCGACAUGUCGAGCGACGUCGACGAGCAGGGGUGGCAGUACUCGUUUUCAUUCUCUUCCUCUGCAUGGCACGGAUCGCAUCCCUGGUUUCACUCGUUUGUUCGUCGUCGACGAUGGGUGAGGUUACGGGUGAAACGCGCUUCGAUGGAAAGGUAUCGUGGUCGGACUGGGUUUGAGGAGGCACAUAUGCUCACGGCGGAUUACUUUACCAUUCACUCUGGGAGGAGGAAGAGAGUUUCUAGUGUUGCGGAUAUGUCGCGUGUGCCGUCGACGUAUGUUUCGGGGCAGGGACUAAUAGAUGAGGUGCCACCAUUGGAGGAGAUUGGGAAUAUACCCACUUUGAUGUAUGCGCUGAAGAACGCCAUCGUGGAUCGGGAGAAGAUCGAUGCGUUGAAGCGGUUUAUCGAUGACGGUGGAGAUGAAAUCUACUAUCUAGAUGAAAAGAUCCCCGAAAUAAUGUCCAUCUUCGUCUUCCAAACCUCCCGCUGGCAAUUCCUCACCCACCUCCUAACCACCAUAACCGAUCUCUCCCAGCUCAUCCCUCAAAAAACGGGCAAAGAGACAAUCGAACUUCAACGCAAACAAGAAAACCUCGCCAAAGCCGCAGAAGCUAUCCGCAACAACAUCACCGGCCCCGAACUCGUUGCGGACCACCACCACAUGCUCGAUUUAACCCCGAUUUCAAAGUCGAAGGAGGGGAGUCUGCUGUCGAAGAGGAGUAGCGUUAAGGUGAAGGAUUUGGAAAAUGUGAGGCCCGUGGGUAAUGGGGGUGUUAUUAAGGGGAUUCCGAAGGAGGCAGAGGUUGGGAGGGAAGGGCAUAUCUAUCAGUACACGUCUUAAGUGGGCAUUUACACUGCAUUUUGUAUUUUUAUGGGGUUGGUUUGGUUUACUUUGGUGUUGGAAGGCGUUGGUUCAUUGGACUGACUAGCACUUGAUAUUAUUCGCAUAUAAUGAUAUACCUUAUUUCGAC